CGAACUCGCGACGUCUCGCACCCGAGGCGAGAAUCAUGCCACUAGCCCAAACACCCAAUCGGUUGCUUGUUUCGUCUGUAAUGAUAUUGAUACUGCUGAUUUCCAAUUCUCGAGACUUCAGAUUCAACACUAGCAUAAUUAUUAAUUACUGAGAAUUUCUUCUAAAAAUAAAUAAACCAAAUUAUGGUUUGUUCUUGGCAUUCUCAAUUCCCUUCCUUCCAAGAUUGUUUUCUGAGUUGGACUCAAAAACAAUCACAAUUUAGCGUUUUCAUUGUCAUCGUCUCCGACUUGAUAAUCCCCCAUUUCUCUCUCAUCGGUAUAGUUCAACGAUGUCUACUUCCGUGGCCUCAAUUGGUUUUUCAUGAAUUCAUAGUUCAAUCAAAUUUUGCAAGUUAAAGAAAGUGAUUAGGUCGAGAUUCUGAUUCAAUGGCUCAGCCCAACAAUCAUGCGGUUGGAGUUGACAACACUUUUCGGAGGAAGUUAGAUCGAGGAGAGUAUCUAGGACGCGCCUGUGAGCGCGAACAAAAGGACGCAGUGGGUUGGUCUAAAUCCAAAUCAAAAGGUCCUCCGGUUCAAAGGAAACCUUUGAAGCACAGGGAUUAUGAAGUGGACCUCAAAUCUCGUUUGGGAAAGACUCAGGUCGUUACUCCAAUAGCACCCCUAAGCCAACAGGCAGGAUACUUUUGCUCGGUUUGUAAAUGUGUAGUGAAGGAUUCUCCAAACUAUUUGGACCAUAUCAAUGGAAAGAAACAUCAAAGAGCUUUGGGUAUGUCUAUGCGAGUGGAGCGGGCCUCCCUUCAGCAGGUGCAAGAACGAUUUCAACAUCUCAAGACGAGGAAAGAUACUGGAAGCUUUACUGAACAAGACUUUGAUGAGCAAAUCUUAAAACAGCAGCAAGAAGAGGAGGAAAGGAAGCGGCAACGUAGAGAAAGAAAGAAAGAGAAGAUAUCAAGUUCAAGUGUUAAUGGCAGCAGCUUAGAUCGGUUGACAUACAUCAACAAAAAUUGUCGUAGAUGUAAUAAAAAGGCUACUAUUCGAAUUUCUGAGACCGAUCGAAAUAAAAACAAGUUAUUCUACUCUUGUAAUGAUUGUGGUGGUUUUGUCGGAUGGUGUUUGUCUAUAAAUCCAGAAUAUAGAGGUCAUCAAAUUCCAAGAGAAGAAGUGCCAACUGUCGGCGAAUAAGUUAUUAUCGAACAACUUCGAGCUAUGACCGAACAACAAAGAGAGAUGAUGGAACAACUUUGAAUUCAGAGCGCAAAGAUGCAAAAGUUGAUAUAUAUAUUAUUUGUGUUGUUUGUAAUUGGUGCCUUAACACUUAUGAAGAUGUACUAACAUAUAUAUACAUAUAUGUAAGUUAGAAGUAGAAGCAGAUGUAAAUGUAUAAGUUCAAGUAGAGUGAAUACUUUUGUAUGGUACUGUGAUGUUUUAGAGGAAGUUAUGUUUUAUUGUGUAUUGAAACCUAAUUAUUGUACCUCUUUUGUGGUAAGUGGAAUGAAAAAUGACUUGUUCAAA